GGGAAGUAUUGCCUUUUCACGGACGGCAUGCAGGAUCUGGAAUACCAAGGUGCCGCUGCAUCAAUUUUCUGCGUGUUGCACGAGCACUUCGCUUCUUGAAUCAGGUUGCGAUACGACCCGACAGUCAUUGACUUUUGGUCCUUUUUUUCAUCAGGCCAUGCUCUGCUGUUACUGUACUUCUAUCACAUUUCAAGCCCACAUGUGGUGAUCGUUCGUUGACCUGUCUUUCGGCUUGUCUCUCCUUGUAGUCGUUAUGGCGUCCUUUGACAAUCUCGCUGCGAAGGAGGGAGGAGUUGGCAAGACUCCUCAUAGCGAGAUCGACACCCCUCUCCCCAAGCCCCAGAGCUUCGAUGAUGAGGAUGCCGGAGAGACGUACCACGACUCUCUCAAGGGACACACUCGAAAUGACCGAGCGGAUAUGUCCCGCAUGGGGAAAAUCCAGGAGUUGAGGAGAAAUUAUCGUCCAUUAUCAGCUUUAGCCUUUACAGUUAUCAUCCAAGGAACAUGGGAAGUCCUCAUGACAGCCACGACCCAAGGCCUGGUCGACGGUGGUCCUGCAGGACUAAUAUGGUCCUACAUUUGGACAUUCUUCGGAUUCAGUCUUGUCAUCGCGUCUCUGGCCGAAAUGUCCUCUAUGGCACCUACUGCUGGCGGCCAAUACCACUGGGUCAGCGAGUUUUCUCCGCCGAGGUUUCAAAAGCCCAUGAGCUACUUCAUCGGCUGGAUGUCGACGUUGUCAUGGCAAGCCGGCACCGCUUCUGGACCCUUUCUCGUUGGGACCCUUAUCCAAGCCUGCGCUAUAGUCAUGUAUCCCGACUACGCGCCAACGAACUGGCAAGGUACGCUCAUGGUCAUCGCCGUCACCAUUUUAGUCUGGGUGCUGAACAUCUGGGGUGCGAAUCUUAUGCCAGUCUUCCAGAAUGUGAUGCUCAUGAUUCACGUCUUCGGAUUCCUAGCCAUCAUCAUCAUCCUCUGGGUGCUCUCUCCUCGAGCUCCAGCAAAAGUCACAUUCACACAAUUCACUAACGGAGGCGGAUGGAAUUCAAUGGGUUUAGCUCUAAUGGUCGGUCAGAUCUCGGCAAUUUAUGCUUGCAUUUGUUCCGACGCCGCAGCACACAUGUCCGAAGAGAUAAAAGAUGCCGGUAUAACAGUUCCUCGCGCCAUGGUUGGUAGCUACGUACUCAAUGGCGCACUGGGCCUCGCGUUCCUUGUCUCGUACAUGUUCAUGAUGACAGACGUGGAAGCGGCGUUGAACGAUGCCACGGGUUAUCCGCACAUCUGGGUCUUCAGUCAAGCCGUUUCUUCAGGUGGUGUUGUGGCCCUAAAUGUAAUCCCGACGCUGCUGAUCUUUGCCGGGACCCUGAGCUUCAAUUUGUCGACGUCUAGACAGACAUGGGCGUUUGCAAGAGACAAGGGUUUGCCGUUUAGUGAUUGGAUUGGGACGGUUCACAAAGGAUUGCAUGUCCCGGCUAAUGCAGUUACCGUGACUUGUCUGUUUACGAUUGCGCUGUCAUUCAUUAAUAUUGGGUCUGAUGUUGCUUUCAAUGCGAUCAUCUCCCUCAACGUAGUCUCGCUCAUGAUCACCUACACCUUCAGCAUCGGCGCCGUCCUUUACCGCCGCAUUUACCAUCCCGAACUCCUUCCGCGGUGCCGCUGGUCUCUAGGCCGCUGGGGCAUUCCCGUCAAUAUCGGUGGCUUCCUGUACUCCAUUCACGCCUUCUUCUGGGCAUUCUGGCCUAAUGCCACCCCUGUCGACAAAGAAAGCUUCAACUGGUCUAUCGUCAUGUUCGUUAGCGUUGGAAUCUUGGCUAUGCUCGAUUAUGCGAUUCGUGGACGUAAGCAUUACAAAGGACCUGUGGUGCUGGUUGAGGGGUAUAAAGGUCAGUGAGCAAGACAGAGAGGGUUAACAAAUGAUAGACCACGCCACACUAGACAGGACUACAUGUGCUCCUGGGGUUUCAAAUUCUAGAGGGCGUUUCAAUCUAAAGUAUCUGUUUUACAACCCCACCCAGUAUCUCAUUCCCCGUCUAAGGACUUUCCUCUCUGAGAAUCUCGAAUUCAUCGGGCUCUGAUUCCUGCAAACCGCCAAC